AUGAACUAUCGUAUCAUUAAAAGAAGUGUAUCUUCAUACUCAUCUAAACUAAUAUCGGAUCCUUUCAAGAUCGAUAAUACUAGGAAGAUGAGGGAUACAAAUUCCAAAUUUCCUAAACCGAAUAUAGUGUCAUUUGAUGCUUUUGGAACGAUUUAUGUACCAAAAGUACCUGUAUUCCAACAAUAUUUCGAGAUAAGUAAUGAUAUGGGGUUUGAGAAGUCAAUGGACUCAAUUAGGAAUGACUUCCCACCUAUAUUCAAAGGUAUGAAUGAAAGAUUCCCCAAUUUCGGUAAGAAUUCUAAAGAAAUCACGUCAGUUGAAAGUUGGUGGUCCGAAUUGAUAGUGAAACUAUACAAUAUUGAACAUUAUUCCCAAAAUGAAAAAUCCAUGGAGUUAUGUAAUCGUCUUUUAGAUCGUUUUUCUGGUGCAGAGGGGUAUCAUUUAUUCGAAGAUGUUAUUCCAACUAUUUCCAAAUUAAAGGAUAAAGGUGUUAAUGUGGUAAUUUCUAGUAAUUCAGAUGCUAGAGUUAUAGAAAUCUUAGAAAAGUUAGGAGUUAUGAAGUAUUUAGAUGAAGAUGAUAUUUAUUUGUCUUAUGAUAUAGAUUUUGAAAAACCAGCUAAAUUGUUCUUCGAUGCUGUGUUAGAUUCCCAUUUUAGUAAAACCUCAAGACCCACCAAGGAGGAAAAAGUACAUUAUUUAUCCAAUGUAUGGCAUGUUGGGGAUGAACAUGAUGCUGAUUAUUUGGGGGCUGUCAAAGCAGGAUGGAACGGAGUUUUCCUCGAUAGGGAUGCUAUAAGUAGAUAUUUAUCUCAUUAUAUUCCCGAUCCUGAAGAUAACAACCCAUCAUGCAUGGGAAAACCUCCAACGAGUGAAUAUUCUGAUAAACCCAUGCAACUUAUUGCCAAUAAUAGAGCAGUUAUAAGUGAUUUAAGACAAUUAUUAGAUUUAUAUGAUAUGUAG